AUGAUUACUUCAAUUGACACCGUGGAUGUAACUUACUCUGUCAAACCAAGGAUUUUGGUGCCUUAUAAAACCCAAUGGGAAGUUGCCAGUCAUCUUCCAGAAUAUCGCAAAAUGGCUGAAAGGGUAGAAUUUUACAAAUACGAGAUGACCACAAAGGAUGAUUUUGUUGCUUUUUUGAAAACUCAUAGAAUAAACGGCUUUUGGAUCACCGAGGAAUUUUUCAGUGUAUUAGGAAAUCCUUCCAAUUAUAUUGAGUUCUUCCCCUCAUCUUUGAAAGCUAUCCUUGUACCAUGGGUCGGAUGCGACUUUAUUGAUGGUAAGUUGCUGAGAACCAAAGGCAUCAUUUUAUGUAACAUUGGGCCACACGCUGCUGACCACGUCACAGAAUUGACUAUUUUCCUAGCGAUUAGCUGCUUUAGAAUGACUUCAUUUUGGGAAUAUUGCUUCAAAUAUGUGGAAAAUGGUAAUGUUGAACAGUGUAAGAAAUAUAUUUCUAGUGAGUCAUAUAGAAUUGUUACGGAUAGAUUCCAUGGUCAGGAAAUGAAAUUUCCCUUUAGAACCGACAGCCGUGCGUCUGAAAAAGAUGGGAAAGUGGUAGAUUUGACAGAUAAAUACACUGUUGGUGGGAAAUUCAUGGAAUCUCCAAUGAAUAAGAAAGUUUUAAUCCUGGGGUUUGGCUCGAUCGGCCAAACCAUAGGGGCCAACUUGCAGAAAGUGUUUAACAUGAGCAUCGAAUACUACAAAAGAUCAGGCCCCGUCCAAAAGAAUUUACUGGGUUAUAGCGCCAAAUACCAUUCUGACCUGGAUGAUCCAAAUACUUGGAAGAAUGCCGAUUUGAUCAUUUUGGCCCUGCCUGGGACGGCAUCUACAAACGAUAUUAUCAAUCGUGAAAGUUUGGCCUGGUGUAAAGAUGGUGUCAGGAUAGUUAACGUGGGAAGAGGCACGUGUAUAGAUGAAGAUGCGCUAUUAGACGCUCUUGAAUCUGGAAAGGUGGCAAGCUGCGGUCUUGAUGUGUUUAAGAACGAGGAAACAGGUGUUAAACAAGAGUUACUUCGUAGAUGGGAUGUCACAGCUCUGCCACAUAUUGGCAGCACAGUAGCUGACAUGAUCAUAAAGCAGACACUCAUCACCCUCGUGAACGUGCGGGACAUAUUUGUCGAGGGAGGUGAAGGUAAAUAUGUGCUCAACUAA